ACCAGUGUCCCUACAUCGUCAGAGGAAACAGAGACGAAAAACCGAGCCCACGCGAACGCGGACGCGGUGGGGGGAAAAUGGAGGCGUCCGCGGACGCGGGGGCGGCGGCGGCGGCCGCCGCCGCGCGAACGCUGCGGUGGGCGGGCCGCGCGGGGCACCUGGGCGGCUUCCCGCGUGCCGUGGUGUUCGCCGCCGUGGGCGCGUUUGCCAAGGCCUACGCCUCGCUGCUCAACACCACCACCGUCCACAACGCCGACGCGCUGCUCCGCCUCGUCUCGGCGCGGCCCCCCGGGACGCCGCUCCUCACCGUCAGCAACCACAUGUCCACGGUAGAUGAUCCGCUUAUGUGGGGAUUCAAGGGUUUUCCAACUUCAGAUGCAAAGCUUGGAAGGUGGGUGCUGACAGCAGAAGAUAUAUGCUUCAGGAAUGUAGUCAUGUCUUACGUGUUUCGACUUGGGAAAUGCGUACCAAUCACACGAGGGGGUGGAAUCUAUCAAGAACACAUGAAUGAAGCUCUUGACGUGCUUGUCAAUGGAGGCUGGUUGCAUUCAUUCCCUGAAGGAAAAAUUGCCCAAGAUGAUCAGCCAAUUAGAAGAUUGAAGUGGGGAACUGCCAGUCUUAUUGUCCGAGCACCAAUAACUCCAAUAGUUUUACCAAUUGUUCACUCUGGUUUUGAAAAGGUCAUGCCAGAGAACUUGUUCUUUGGACGGCGACCACCAGUGCCACUCUGCGGCAAGAAGAUAGAUAUCAUCGUUGGAGAGCCAAUAGAGUUUGACAUGGCAAGCUUGAAGCAAGAGGCAGCAAUGGUACCCCAUGAUCCAUCAUCUGUAAGGAAGGGGUGGCCGACCAUUACACCAGAUGGGCUAGACGAGGCUGUGCAGAGAUGGCUUUACCAGAAGAUGUCAGAUAAGAUCCAGUCUGUGAUGGAGAGAUUGCGGAAAAAACUUCUGAACCUGAAGCAGCACUGAUCUUUUUGCACUUCUUCUAUAAGGCGAUGGUAGGUUUCUGUUGCUUUUUGCACCUACCUUUGGUUAGGAUUUAUUAACAAGCACCGGUUAUUUCUAUCUAUACACAAAUGGGCGAAUGGCCGUCACACCUGCCAAAAUUAUGAACCAAAGCUAUUGGAAUAGAAUUAGAGGUCCGGAUUGGUACAUGUGCUGUCUUUUAUGGGCAGUAGUUUUGAAAGAUUUCUUCAUUAUUUACUAUCAACUGUUCAAGUGCCAAUUUUAUUGCAGCACGAAUAAAGCCUUCUACUGUUUAAUUGCA